AAAACGCUCCAACUCAAGCGAGCGUUUGGUCACGCAAAUAAAAAAAGAGAGCUCUGCUACACUACGUAAUUGUCAGAUUAUUGUCAUAAAUCUCAUUGUAAUAAAUUACUUUUAACGUGUGGGUGUAGGUAUUGUGUUGCCGGAGAGGAGAGAGAGCUGCAAAAAGUAAAACGUGGUAUCGUUUAAAAAACACACUUGAGGAAGCCACUCGCCAGUGGCUAAUUUUGUUUAAGUUAAGUAGAAAAAAAUGUCAGCUACUUUUGUACAACGCGGUCGUGUACCGCCAACACCAGCUCAAAUACAGAAGAUGCUGGAUGAGAAUAGUCAUCUGAUACAGACGAUCCAGGAGUAUCAGAAUAAAGGAAAACCUCAGGAAUGUUUACAAUAUCAACAGAUAUUACAUCGGAAUUUAGUUUAUCUCGCUUCUAUUGCUGACGCGAACCAAAAUGUCCAGGCAUUGUUACCGCCACCCCAGGGAAUUCCGCCGAUGACAAAUGGCCCUCAGCAUGGAAUGAUGGGUCCCCAAGGUCCUCCAAACGUCGCUCCGGGUACUCCAGGCCCCGGAGGUGAAAUGCCGCCGAAUCCACCCCAACCAAUGCCAAUGCAAGGAUUCAACCAAGGACAGCCAAUGCCCCAAGGAGGCUACCGCGGUCCGAUGCCUGGACAAGGUCCUCCAAUGAACAGAGCAAACCCAGGACCUGGACCUCAGCAGUAUCGAGGUGGUCCUCAAGCUUAUCCUCAACAGCCAGGUCAGCAAGGUUACCCCGCAGGUUAUGGAGGACAGAAUCCUGGUGGAAAUUACCCUCAGGGUCCUCAAGGAGGUGCUUAUGGAGCCGGUCAGCCUAACCAGUACCCGCCUAAUGCGCCCCAGCAAGGAUACCCAGCGUCAUCGCAGCAGAAUUAUGGACCUCCAACGUCUGUAAACAGUUAUGGUGGUCAACCAGGUGCUUACCCUCCACCAGGAGGCAAUCAGCCUUCAGGAGGCUACGGUCCACCCCCGCCGAAUCAGCAAGGAUACCCUCCACCAACCACGCAGCAGAAUUUCUCGCCUAAUCCUCAACAACAGCAGCAGCAACAACAGCAGCAACAGCAACAACAACAACAGCAGCAGCAACAACAGCAGCAACCUGGACAGUACGGAAGUCCUAGUCCUCAGCCAAACUACCAACCUCCUUCCCAAGGUCCCAACCAGAACGCUUACGGUGCGGGUCAAACUCCUGGUAAUUAUCCUCCUCAGUCCUCUCAAGCUUAUCCUAACAAUGUUCCUCCACAGAACUAUCCUCCUCCACCUGCUACUUCCAAUAACGUUGCUCAACCUAGCCAAGGACCUCCACAGCAGAGUCAGGGCGGUCCACCACAAAACUACGCGAGUCAGCCGAGUCCCGGUGGAGGACCUCCAGCUCCUUAUGGACCGUCUUCUACUUCUCCGCCGUUUAGUACCAGUAAUGUGAGUGGGGUUAAUACGUAUGCUCCGAGUAACCAGCCGACGAGUACGCCUUCUGCUUCCACUCAGACUUAUCCACCGACUAGUGGACCUCCACCGGCUACUUCUCAAGCUGGUAGUUAUGUUCCCGGGCCUACUCCUUCUGGGUAUCCAGUUCAUCAACCCUCGCAUCAAGCUCAUGGACCUCAUGGUCCUCAUCCUGGAUCUCAUCAGAUUCCGCAUCCACCUCCAUCUCAAGCACAACCUGGACCGCCUCCUCAGUCUCAGCCACCUGGACAGUCGCAGCAACCACCUCAACAACCUCCUCAGCAGCAACAGUCUCAGCAACAACCACCAGCUCAGUCACCCCAGCAGCAGCAACAACAACAAGGACCUCCUUCUCAAGGCCCACCUCAGCAGCAGCAAUCUCAACAAGGAGCUCCGCAAUCGCAGCAUCAACAAUCACCGAGUCCAGUUCCCAGUAAUUUCCCUCCAACUUCAGGCCCAAUUUCUCAAGGUCCACCGUCCGGACCCCCAGGUCCGCCGGGACCACCCCAACAACCUCCUGGAGGAUACGGGCCUCCUCAAUCUCAUCCAGCGACGACGCAAACUUAUGUACCUCCGGGAUCUGGUCAACCACCUCAAGGCUAUCCUACUCACCCGCCGGGUCAAGGAGGUCAACCUCAUUACGGACAUCCGCAGUAUCCUCCUCAAAACUACCCGCCUCAUCCGCCACCGCCUUCUGGUCAAGGUUAUCCUCAGUACCCUCCUCGUGGUCCACCUGGUGGUCACAUGCCACCGCCUCCUGGUCCUCAAGGUCCUCCACCGCCGAAUCAGUAUGCUGGAUAUGGUUAUCAACAACCGCCGCAGUAAAAUAAUGAAUGAGACUUUUUUUUAAUUAAUUUGAUUAUAGAAUUUGUGCUAUUUAAUAAUGUGUAAUGUAAUGAUUUUUUGCAUUGUAAUUUUUAUAUUUUAUAUGUAAUAAUUUGACGAUAAUGGAUUUAAUAAACGGAUUUUUUGUU